CAAAACCUUAACACUGGGUGGGGUCGACGCCAGGAUUCGCUUUAAUUGGCCCCCAAUGAGAAACUUAACAACUCUAUGUCGCGCAGGUCCCAGUCCGACAUGGGUCGAGCGAUAUAAAUAGUGUCUUGGUGCCUUGGUGCAAGAUGAGCACCGAUACCCGAUAGACUUGCAUGUGUUUCCCUACCAGUACAUGAAUAUAGCAAAAAGGAUGCUGCAGCAAGCCCUCAAAGUGUCUGGUCGCAGUAUGACCCCGCUGAUCAAGUGGAUGGAGAAUUGGGCUGAGAGCUCAGUUGGCCGGAAGAAGAUAGAGGCGGCGCACAGGUUGAAAACUCUGGAGGAAAUGCCGGGACCCACCGUCGCCAAAUUUGUAUGGGACCUCUUCGCCAAACGGGGACUGUCCCGCCUCCACGAGCUGCAGAUUGAGGGUGUGAAGCGCUAUGGGCCGAUGUGGAAGGCCAGCUUCGGCCCUAUCCUGACGGUGCACGUGGCAGAGCCAGCCCUGAUUGAGCAAGUUCUGAGGCAGGAGGGCAAGACCCCCAUCCGCUCUGACCUCUCCUCCUGGAAGGACUACAGGAAACAACGAGGUCAUGGCUACGGACUGCUCACAGCUGAAGGGGAGGAGUGGCAGGCGGUGCGGACUCUCCUGGGGAAGCACAUUCUACAUCCAAAGGCGGUGGAGGCCUACGACACCACUCUAAAUGCCGUUGUUGAUGACCUCAUUGUUAAGCUCCGCCGCAGCAGGCACCAGAACCCCUGCGGUCUCGUCCCGAACAUCAGCAGUGAGUUCUACCUCUUCGGCCUUGAAGGGAUCUCCUCAGUCUUGUUCGAGUCCAAGAUUGGUUGCCUAGACCCUGUGGUUCCCACGGAGACAGAGUGUUUCAUCCAGUCCAUUAACACCAUGUUUGUCAUGACACUCCUCACCAUGGCUAUGCCCGCCUGGUUACACAAGCUGUUCCCCAUGCCCUGGGACACUUUCUGCCAAUGCUGGGACUACAUUUUCCAAUUCGCUAAAGGUCACAUUGACCAGCGUCUGAAGGAGGAAGCGGAGAAGGUGGCACGGGGAGAGGAGGUGGAGGGGCGAUAUCUGACCUACUUCCUGACCCGCACAGGGCUGCCCAUGAAGACGGUGUACAGCAACGUCACGGAGAUGCUUCUGGCUGGGGUGGACACGAUCUCCAGCACCAUGUCCUGGUCCCUGUACGAACUAUCUCGGCACCCCGAGGUGCAGGCCUCGCUGAGGGAGGAGGUACUGGCAGUGAUGGGGGGUCGGAAGGUGCCUGGGGCUGUUGACGUGGCUCGCAUGCCCCUCAUGAAGGCUGUGGUGAAGGAGGUGCUCAGACUUUAUCCUGUUAUUGCGGCCAAUGCCAGGGUCAUCGCUGACAAAGACAUCCAGGUUGGAGGCUACCUCCUCCCCAAAAACACUCUGAUCACCCUCUGCCACUUCGCCACAUCCCGGAAUGCAGCAUUUUUCCCAAACCCGGAUACAUUCCAGCCCCAUCGCUGGCUGAACAGGUACAAAGGCCACCACCCUUACGCCUCAGUGCCCUUCGGCGUGGGCAAACGCAGCUGCAUCGGCCGCCGCAUCGCAGAGCUGGAGGUCUACCUGGCACUGGCACGAAUUCUGAUGCAGUUUGAUGUGAAGCCCGAUCCAGAAGGCAGUGGUGCAGCAGUCAAACCCAUGACCCGGACACUGCUGGUGCCAGAGAGCGAGAUCAACCUGCAGUUCAUCGAGAGAUGAGCCAAUGACAUGCUGAACACUAGCUAAGUGCAUUUGACAUUGACUGACAAUCCCAGUCUCUCAGAGUGAGACAAAUGGGAGCACUGGGGGAGAAAGAGGGCCCAACUGAAGCUGAAACCCUGCAGGCCUCAACCCACAGACCAGGCCCUCAGACCCUCAGAACUCAAGCCCAGAUGGUUUGGGCAUAGUACUUUAAUGACAAGUGAUUUUCCAUCUCAAUACCAGGUUGAUUACCCUUGCACCACUUAAACUUUGUGCUUUAUUCAAUAAUGCUCAUGAGUGCAAUAUCACUUAUACUUACUUGUGGUUUAGAUUGUAGCCAAUGAUAUUACCAGUGGAAUCUCUGAUAUCUACAUUAUGUUCCUCUCACCUAACUAGACAUGAAUUGCAAUUUUACUGAUUUUAUUAAAUCAAGUUGCAAGUAUGCAUCUUGAUCAUAGCAUGUAAUGGUCAGUCCACCAAAACCAGAAUCACCCCUUUAGGCAGUCUUCAAGAUUAAUUUAUUAUAGGCCUAUUUGUGUACAGUACCAGUAAAACAUUUGGACACACCUACUCAUUCAAGAGUAUUUUUGUAAAAAAAAAAUGUUUUACUAUUUUCUACAUUGUAGAAUAAUAGUGAAGACAUCAACACUAUGAAAUAACACA